AACUACAAUUCCCAGAAGGCUGCAUGUUUGAGAGCCUUGGGCGGCCUUCUCAGGGACUCUACUGGGUACAGUGCGGUGGGGUCGAUUGGAACUCUGUGUGAUUGUCUUGGCCUGGCGGGAGGGGCGGCCCAGUGGGGGUCGUGCCUCCCGGAGCCGCCCCCGGGACGUCAGUCCUGGAGGAGGCGAGGGUUGCUCCAGUGCCUGAAAAGACAUGAACAGGUCUGAGAACUUGCUGUUGACUGGUUCUUCAUUAGCAUCACAAGUUCACGCUGCUGCUGUUAAUGGAGAUAAGAACUCUCUUCACAGACUCCUCAUAGGAAACUCUGCUCUUAAAGACAAAGAAGAUCAAUUUGGAAGAACACCGCUUAUGUAUUGUGUGUUGGCUGACAGAGUGGAUUGUGCAGAUGCGCUCUUAAAGGCAGGAGCAGAUGUUAAUAAAACUGACCAUAGCCAGAGAACAGCCCUCCAUCUUGCAGCUCAAAAGGGAAAUUAUCGUUUCAUGAAACUCCUACUCGCACGCAGAGCAAACUGGAUGCAAAAGGACCUGGAAGAGAUGACUCCUUUGCACUUAACUACCAGGCACAAGAGCCCCAAGUGUUUGGCACUUCUGCUGAAGUUUAUGGCACCAGGAGAAGUGGAUACACAGGAUAAAAACAAGCAAACAGCUCUGCAUUGGAGCGCCUACUACAAUAACCCUGAGCACGUGAAACUACUUAUCAAACAUGAUUCCAACAUUGGGAUUCCUGAUGUUGAAGGCAAGAUUCCACUUCACUGGGCAGCCAACCAUAAAGACCCCAGUGCUGUUCAUACAGUGAGAUGCAUUCUGGAUGCUGCUCCUACCGAGUCUUUACUGAACUGGCAAGACUAUGAGGGUCGAACACCUCUUCACUUUGCAGUUGCCGAUGGGAAUGUGACAGUGGUUGAUGUCCUGACCUCCUAUGAAAGCUGCAAUAUAACAUCUUACGAUAACUUAUUUAGAACCCCACUUCACUGGGCAGCUUUGCUUGGUCACGCACAGAUUGUCCAUCUCCUUUUAGAAAGAAACAAGUCUGGAACCAUUCCAUCUGACAGCCAAGGAGCAACGCCCUUGCACUAUGCAGCCCAGAGUAAUUUUGCAGAAACAGUUAAAGUAUUUUUAAAACAUCCUUCAGUGAAAGAUGAUUCAGAUCUUGAAGGAAGAACAUCAUUUAUGUGGGCUGCUGGGAAAGGCAGUGAUGAUGUCCUUCGGACUAUGCUGACUUUAAAAUCGGACAUUGAUAUUAACAUGGCAGACAAAUAUGGUGGCACAGCUUUGCAUGCUGCUGCCCUUUCUGGCCAGGUCAGCACCGUGAAGUUGUUAUUGGAAAAUGAUGCUCAAGUAGAUGCUACCGACGUUAUGAAGCAUACUCCACUUUUCCGAGCCUGUGAGAUGGGACACAAAGAAGUGAUUCAGACACUUAUUAAAGGUGGAGCAAGAGUAGAUCUAGUGGACCAAGGUGGACAUUCUCUUCUACAUUGGGCAGCACUGGGAGGAAAUGCCAACGUUUGCCAGAUACUGAUAGAAAAUAAGAUCAACCCAAAUGUGCAAGAUUAUGCAGGAAGAACUCCUUUGCAAUGUGCUGCAUAUGGGGGGUAUAUCAACUGUAUGGCAGUGCUCAUGGAAAAUAAUGCAGACCCCAACAUUCAAGACAAAGAGGGAAGAACAGCUUUGCAUUGGUCCUGUAACAAUGGAUACCUUGAUGCCAUUAAAUUACUACUAGAUUUUGCUGCUUUCCCGAAUCAGAUGGAAAACAAUGAAGAAAGAUACACACCCCUGGACUAUGCUUUGCUUGGUGAGCGUCAUGAAGUGAUCCAGUUCAUGUUGGAACACGGGGCCCUGUCCAUCGCAGCUAUCCAAGACAUUGCUGCCUUCAAAAUCCAGGCUGUCUACAAAGGGUACAAGGUCAGAAAAGCUUUCCGAGACCGGAAAAAUCUCCUCAUGAAGCAUGAACAGUUGAGGAAAGAUGCUGCUGUGAAGAAACGGGAGGAAGAAAGCAAGAGAAAAGAAGCAGAACAACAGAAGGGAAGGCUGAGCCCAGAUACCUACAGACCUCAGGCCCAUGCCUGUCUACCCAGAACCCAGGACCAGGCCAGCCAGGCCCCCAGCACACAGCCUCCACCCAACAACACAACCCCAGGCUCUAAGCAGAGAGAUUCCAAAGGGUCUCCAAAAGAGUCCCCAGACAGAGCCCCCCAGAAAGAACAGUGUGUUUCCUCAGACCUGCAGGACACAGACUCCAGAAACCCAAGUGAAAUAUCCAGAGAACGUUCUAAAGGCCCAUCUACCUGUGUCCACUUCCACCCCAGUGAAGGCGAUGAUGGAAUCGGACAUCCAGGUGUCUCCAGCAUCCCCUCAGGUGGUGAGCAGCAGUGUGCGAAGGGGAAAGGGCCCUUGAAGCAGCCCCCCUGCAUCAGGGGAGUAGGGCCUGGUGAGAAAGACCAGGGACCUGCUGGCGCAGCUGGAAGCCUUUCACAGCAGGACGGCCAUGGGAAGCCCAGCAGGCUGUGUGACACGGUGCCCAGGGCCAAGCAUGCCCCCCAAAGAAUGCGUGUUCAAGAGCUCAGAGGAGGAAGGUGUUCCCCAGCUGGUUCUAGCCGGCCUGGCAGUGCCAAGGGGGAGGUGCCCCAGGCUGGGCAGAAUCCUCUCCCCCACCAUCGAACACCAAGGAACAGAGUGACGCAUGACAAGCUCACAGGAGGGCUGUGCUCAGACUCUCCACAGAGCACAGAGGUGGUGAGAUCGGGACCCAGGAAGCCAGGGCCUUCCACAAUGUCGAAGGAGACUGAGCCACCACCUGCUCUUGUCUCUGGACAGAGUGUAAAUAUUGACCUUCUCCCUGUAGAACUCCGGCUGCAGAUCAUUCAGAGAGAAAGAAGCAGGAAAGAGCAGUUCCGCAGGAAGAACAAGGCAGCGGCAGUCAUCCAGCGAGCCUGGAGAAGCUAUCAGCUCCAGAAGCACCUUGCCCACCUUCUGCACAUGAAGCAGCUCGGAGGUGGAGAUGUGGACAGAUGGAACAGAGAGUAUAUGGCCUUGAUCCUUCAGGUUUGGCGAAAAGAACUGGAACUAAAGCCCCUAAAGACCAUCAAAGCAGGCAGGACCACCAAGAUUCCACCCAAGGGCAGCUCGAGCCUAAAGUCCACCAAGCACUCAGUGCUCAAGCAGAUCUAUGGUUGCUCUCAAGAAGGUAAAGUGCAUCAUUUGACACGGUCUCCAAAGGCUCCGUCCAUGCUGCACCUCAGUUCAGUGAGCAGCCUGCAGUGUAUACACCUCCAUGAGAACAGUGGAAGAUCCAGAAACUUUUCUUAUAACCUGCAGUCAACUACACAAUCAAAAAGCAAAACAAAGCUGCGAGUGCCUACUUCAGAAGACUGUGUUCGGGGAGCUGGAAAAGCUAGUACAGAGUUCAAAUUCUCUGAUUCUCUUUAUUGUCAUGGAUAA